GCGGGUUAGGUUAGGUUAGUUAGAACGCGGCCGUUCGCUCCGCCAAUAACGCGGGUCGCUUGGGUGUGGUUAUUAGUGCCGUGGGACCGUCAGGUAGAAUUGUGUUUCAUGAGAGUAUAGUUUACGCUGCGCGUCCAGGCGGUCGGACGUCUCGUCUCUCUUUCACGAUCGUCUCGGUAGCACGCGGAGCGGCGACAUGAAGAAGAGGAGUUUGUCCGGCAACGUCGGCGUCGGCGUGUUCCUGGUAGGAUUCGUCUGCGUGUGCGUCGCCUUCGGCACGCCCUCCUGGUUGGUCAGCGACCCACGGAUCGUCGGGGCGCAACUCGACCGACUCGGCCUGUGGCGACACUGCUUCAGGUCGCUGCCCAACCCCCAGGAGUCCGACGCGCCCAGACGAUUCUUCGUCGGCUGCAGAUGGGUCUACGACCCGUUUACCGCGGGUUACUCCGAAAUCCGCGGCUUCUUACUGCCCCCUUUUAUGAUAGCCACGCAAGUGUUCUUCACAAUAUGCUUUCUGCUGGGUUUAAUAUCAUUCUUUCUGAUAUUACUCUUCACUCUGUGUUGCGACCCAGAGCGAAAGAGAUAUAUCGAGCUGAUAACUACCAUCGGUUACUUGCUGCUGGGUAGCGGUAUCAGCGGUGGCAUAGCAGUCAUCGUAUUUGCCUGCCUUGGUAACACCAACGGUUGGAUGCCUGGACACGCCAAUAAUUAUUUAGGAUGGUCUUUCGCUCUAGCUGUCAUAGGCAGUGUACUAAUGCUGAUCGCCAGCGGUUUAUUGCUGGUAGAGGCAACCGUUCAACGAAAGAAACGAGACUAUCUGAAAGAAUCUCAAAUGCGUUUUCAACUUGAAUCUCGCGCCUAAAAUAAAUAGCACUUCCUGACUUGUUCGCAAGAAUUGCGCACAAGCGUCUGUAUUAAAAGUCUGUAGUACCGUUCCGUCCAUGCAGGGUGCAACGUUUUAU